GGCCUAUCAGGGCGGGGCGGGCUGGUUCGGGGGCCGGAGCCGGUUUGACCGAGGCGGCGGCGGCGGCGGCGGCGGGGGAGGAGGAGGAUGGAGGCCGUGGUGUUCAUCUUCUCUCUCAUCGACUGCUGCGUGCUCAUCUUCCUCUCCGUGUACUUCAUAAUUACUUUGUCUGAUUUGGAAUGUGAUUACAUCAAUGCUAGAUCAUGUUGUUCCAAAUUAAACAAGUGGGUAAUUCCAGAAUUGAUUGGUCAUACGCUCGUUACUGUAUUAAUGCUCAUCUCAUUGCACUGGUUCAUCUUCCUCCUCAAUUUGCCUGUGGCCACCUGGAAUGUAUAUCGGUUCAUUAUGGUACCAAGUGGUAACAUGGGAGUAUUUGAUCCAACAGAAAUACACAAUCGAGGGCAGUUGAAGUCACACAUGAAAGAAGCCAUGAUCAAGCUCGGUUUCCACUUGCUCUGUUUUUUCAUGUAUCUGUACAGUAUGAUUUUAGCUUUGAUAAAUGACUGAAGCUGGAGUUGCCGUGGUAGAUGCCAGCCUACACUACACUGCAAAGUUGAGGAGCCGGAGACUACUUAAAUCACCCUUAGAACCGUGACCAUAGCAGUAUAUUUUUUCCUAUUUGAACCAAAAAACAAAAACAAAAAAAACAAAAAAACCCAAAAUCCACAAACCUAUUUUUGCUGUAUUUUUACCAUAUAAAGUAUUUAAAAAACA